AUGGCUCGUGAGCUCAUCAGAACCGAGGGAAUUCUUUGCGGAGGAUCCUCUGGAUGUGCUGUUCACUAUGCUUUGGAGGAGUGCAAAUCGUUGAACCUUCCAGAGGAUGCUAAUGUUGUGGUACUUCUUCCGGAUGGAAUCAGAAACUAUAUUACCAAAUUCCUCGACGACGAGCCUCUCUUCCUUGACGCUUAA